CCAUCACCAGGAUAGUGAAAAAUAGUUCCAUUCAAAAAUGUUUCAACAAAUAUUUAAAGAUGACUUCAAAAAGUGGGAAUUUCAAUUUUAAUGUUGCUGCAUCAAUCCAAAACUUUGGAGGACAGGUCAAGAGGAAAUAAUUAAAGCCACCUAGAGAAUAAAAUAAUCAAUGCAACACAUUUGCUUGAGGCAACAUUAACAUGGAUUAACACAAAAGUUUGUAAUAAUUGUUAUUAUCUUCAUUAAAACUAAAUCUUCUGUUUUAUUCCAUUCUAUUCUAUUUCUUUCUAUUCUAUCAUGUUCUAAUAGUGCUGCAGCUGGCCAGCAGUUUUGAGCUUUGAGCGCCCCCCUCUGGUCAAACUGUGUAUAAUCCACACAAUUUAUUUUUUGCACAUUUUAAAUUUUCCUAAUUUUCAUAUUUUCAAUGAUUAUUGCUUUUGUGACUUUGACUUGGAACCAUGCAUACACUACAUGCAGCAGUAGCUCUGGUGGUACAAGAUGGAAUAUGUAGUUUUUGGCCAUGACCUGGAAAAUGUUGCUAGUUCAACUAGCCAAUCAGAGCACAGAUCGGCGGCGUGACCCGGAAGUAGUACCACAUGACCAAAAAUUGCCGGGAACUUUUGUCAACACAUCGGAAACAUCAGAGUAAAACGGCAGCUCUGUGUUUAAUUCUCCUAUAGAAAGGUUGUUGCAUGGUCUCGGUUGGGAUUUAGAACUUGUAGAAGACACGAUGGACGAAUACGACGAGCUGUUUGAGAUAGAAGACAACUUUGAGGAGCAGUUUGCGGACGAGCUGGAGGCGAUGGCUCAGAUGGAGGAAGAUUCUUCUGCGGUGGGAAAAUCUUCAAAUCGAUGGCAAGGAGACAACAUCUCAGACAUUGGGCACAUGUUGGAUGAUAAAACCACCACUCCAAAGUCAAAGCGGAUGAAGCAGGAUGCCGGGGUGGUCAAACGACUUUUCGGCGAAACACAGCCGAGCGCCGUCCUGCUGCAGAGCGAAGAUAUCACGCCUCCGUCUUCUCCGGAGCAGUACGAGCCCCCCAGCAUCGCAAGGUCGAACCCUGCUGCGUUGGAUAUCAGCGGCUUUGCUCUUCUCCAGGAGUCUCCCGGGCGACCCCCCACAGGACCGCCGGCCUCCCACCAUGUGCUGAAGCGACCUCCUUUAGAAGGAGAGUACAUCAGCGUGACCGACUCAUCGGGGAGCCGGAUCUAUCUCAGACAGAAAGAAGACUCGGGAACAAAGACGGUGAACUCCAGAAAUGUGCCAAACUUCCUGGGGGAACUGGGGCUGCUCUCGGUGCCAAUCCGAGUGCUCAGAGAGCAGGAGGCGGACAGGCGUCACCAGCAGCUGGUGGAGGAGUCGCAGCGUCUGACAGAGCUGCUGACCAGCAGUGUGAACGAAGCGCUCGUUCAGCCUGAAGACACAGAAAACGACGAGAACAAAGAUCCUGAAGACUCAGACGGACAAAUGUCUCGGCUGUGGGUGGACAGAUAUUCCCCGCGCCACUACACCGAGCUCCUCAGCGACGACUUUACAAACCGCUGUCUGCUGAAGUGGCUGAAGCUGUGGGACACCGUCGUGUUCGGCAGGGAGAGGAAGUCCCGCCCCGCUCGCUCGGACAGGCUGGCGGCCAAUCAGAGCUCCUUCAAACCCAAUCAGGGAAAUCCCAAUCCGAACCGCUUCAAGACCAAAACCGAGGUGACGGAGGAGCUGCUGGAGGCCGAGCUGGAUCAGUACAAAAGGCCCAAGUUUAAGGUGGCGCUCUUGUCGGGUCCCCCAGGUUUGGGUAAAACCACUCUGGCUCACGUCAUCGCAAAGCAUGCUGGGUACAAUGUGGUGGAGAUCAAUGCCAGCGACGAUCGCAGCGCGGACGUCUUCCAGAAACGCAUCGACCAGGCGACGCAGAUGAAGUCCGUCUUAGGAGCCAACGAGAGGCCCAACUGCCUCAUCAUCGACGAGAUCGACGGAGCGCCCGCGGCUGCCAUCAACAUACUGCUGGCAGUUCUGAACAGGAAGGACGGACACGGCGGAGAGGCCGGUUCAGACACUGCCAAAAAGAAAAAAAAGAAGGAGCCCAUCCUGCUGCGACCGAUCAUCUGCAUCUGUAACGACCUUUACGUUCCUGCUCUCAGGCCUCUCCGGCAGCAGGCCUUCCUCCUGUCUUUCCCUCAGACUCAGCCUUCUCGCCUCGUUCAGAGACUCUCUGAGAUCUCAGUCCGACAGGGCCUGAAAGCAGACACGGGCGCUCUGAUGUCUCUGUGUGAGAAGACGGACAACGACAUCCGGUCCUGCAUCAACACGCUGCAGUUCCUCCACGGUCGAGGCCACAAGCAGCUGGACGCCAGAACCAUCCAGCGCGUCUCUGUGGGGCAGAAGGACCAGAACAAAGGUCUGUUCCACCUGUGGCAGGAGAUCUUCCAGUUACCUCGCACCAAAAGAAAACGUGUUGGUGACGACUUCGAGGAGGCGAUGGCUGCAGGAGGUGGAGGUCAGAGGUUCCAGCACAUUCUCGAUCUGGCGAUGUCCAACGGGGAUUACGAGAAGGUCUCUCAGGGUCUAUAUGAUAAUUUUCUGUCCAUGCGCGUGAGGGACCCCAACCUGCAGAGUGUGUGUGAGGCUCUGGACUGGCUGUCCUUCUCAGACCGCCUGAACCAAGUCAUCCUGCACAACCAGAACUUCUCUCUGAUGAAGUACCUGCCCUUCCUGUCCGUCACCUUCCACUUCCUGUUUGCUCACACACACGUGCCCCGCAUCAGCUAUCCUCACAGCCACCACGACGCCUCCUCCCGUCUCCUCAGCAGCAGGAACGCUCUGUCCACCAUGCUGGCUGACAUCCCAGCAUGCAUCAGAACGAGGAUCAGCCAGCUCAGCCUGACCGUCGAUAUUCUAACACUACUCCUGGAGAUCAUCUGUCCCAAACUGCGGCCUGUGAAUCCGCAGCUGUUCAGCAGCAGGGAGAAGGAGCAAAUGCAUGAGCUGAUCAACACCAUGCUGGCCUACAACCUCUCGUACAGGCAGGACCGCACACCCGAGGGGCAGUACACGUACAUACUGGAGCCGCGAGUGGAGGAAGUGGUGAGGUUUCCAGGCCUGCCUCCACGCCGCCAGCUGACGUACCAGGCCAAGCAAACCAUCAGCAGGGAGAUGGAGCAGGAGAAGAUGAGGAGGGCCGAGCAGCUGAUGCUGCAACGAAACCCUGCAGGGAAAGUGAAUGAAAAAAAGAGCGCCGGCCCUAAAGCAACCAGCAACCAUCAGCAGAGGCUGGAGAACAUCGUCAAACAAACCACAGUGGAGUCCAGGCCCGAGGUGGACUUUUUCGGCCGAGCCGUCGCCCCCAAGCCUCAGAAAAUUGAGCCGUCCUCACACACAGGUGAGAGGUGUGCCGUUCUCGCCAUGGGAACGGCGGUGGGCGACAGCGACGUGUGGUUCAGGUUCAACGAGGGCAUGUCCAACGCCGUCAGGAGGAACGUCUACAUCAGAGAACUACUGUAACACACACACACACUUUAAACUGCCUCGUUGUCGUCUGUACUUGUUCAGUGUUGGAAACAUGAAUCACUGCACGGCGCUUCGUUUAAAUUGAAAACAGUCUUUAUUUGGAUUGACGGUGUAAAGAGCCAAUAAAAAGGUGUUGAACAUUGCUCAGCAGUCCAUUAAAACAAACCUCUAAAAAGCUACUUGGUGUCACACACUCACUCACACACACACUCACACACACACAUGUGUAAAGUAAGGGCAUUCAGGAGUCUCCAAAUAAAGAUGAUGGGAGCAACAAUGUGCGUGAGUGUGAGUUAGUGCAGCGUGGCUGUGGAGGAGUGCAGGUUUCUCUAGUUUGUAUGCAUCCGUGAUUGUUUGUCUGUCUGUCUGUCUGUGCGUGGAUGUGUGUGUGUGGCUGUGUGCGACCGUUAGAGGAUCACACACUUGCCCUUCUCCACCCAGGGGUUGGCCCGCAUCAG